AUGAUUGUGCGGGAGAGCCCCAAGUCCAAGGUCAAGACAAAUCAACCCAAUUGGCCACCGCAAUCGCCUGUUGAAGCGCUUCUGAGCUCACCGUCCGGGCGCCGCAAAUACGAAAGACAGCGCGAGCGCAAUUCCGUGUCGCCCUCCCCGUCGAAGCGAUACCCGAUGUCGCGAGGAGGUGCGCCAGCCGAGGAGGAUGAAGAGGAUGACGAAGAGACCCUACAGCUGCAGCUCCAGGCUAUUGAAGCGAAGUUAAAACUCAAGGCGCUGCAGAAAGCCAAAAAGACAGGGGCAAGUGCAGAUGAUGACAGCAACGCGAGUUCAUCACGGCCAGGCACAGCAGCGGAACUGCGCCGAGUAGACUUCCCGCGACCACGAGCCGACGUGCAAGUUCCACACUCGCCCGUGCGAGCUCGACGUGCACCGGAGGAGCAGAGGAGUCCUGCACGAGUUAUUUUAGGCAUUGAUAAGGGAUUGACGGGUCGUGAUGUCAGUCUUAAGCGGCCAGGGAGCAGUAUGGCUGGGGGCUUGUCUCGUACAAACUCGAAUAGAGGGGGCGAAACCCCCAAAAUCAAGUCUUUCAGUGAGCGUAUCGCAGAAAGUAGGAUUAAAGAGAAGGAGCACGAGGAGAACGAAACAAAGCUAGAGCAGAGGAGGAGUCGAGGGUUUGGAUUACAAAAUAUCGAAGGUCUGAAGGAUCGACCUGCAGUAUCAAGAUCAAACUCGUCCUUGAGCUCGGUGACAAGAAGCUCGCCGGAUAUGUUGCCGCCGACUUCCAAAGGCCAUAGUAGAGCACAGAGUCGGUUAACGAAUGAUUCACGGAACCCACCUACGCCGCGACCUAACUCAACCCUAUCUUUCCGAUCAGAGAGCACACGACCGCCUUCAUCCUCGUCAAAAUCCUCUUCAAGCGGAUUCGGUCUUACCCCGAUUGCAUCAAAGUACGCCGAAAUCUCACAGCGGGAUAACAGCUCAGACGCACCAAGCUUCGAGUCUUUUUCAGGCCUACAUCUCAAGGCGCGUGAGACGCAGCACACCGUUGUCACGCGCACACUGGAGGGCAAGACGGUACUCACGAUCCCACAGCUACUAAAGGUAGUUAAAGCGCCUGACUUUGACCCGCCAGACUGGGAGAACGAUUAUGUCGUCUUGGGAGUAAUAUGUUCCAAGUCAACACCACUCAACUCGAAGAAUGCAGCUCGAGAUCAGACCAAAAGCACCCAAGAGAAAGGGGUGGAUCAGAACGGCAAGUUCAUGGUCAUUCGACUAACGGACUUGAAAUGGGAGGUCGAUCUCUUUCUAUUCGACACUGGGUUCUCCCGAUUCUGGAAGCUUCCUAUUGGCACGUUGGUCGCAAUUCUCAACCCAGAUAUCAUGCCACCGCGCCAGCGCGACACUGGCAAGUUCUCUCUCAAACUUACGAGCUCGGACGACACGAUUCUGGAACUUGGUACAGCGCGAGACCUGGACUUUUGCCAUGCACAACGAAAAGAUGGCAAGGACUGUGGGCAGUGGAUCGAUAGCCGGAAGACGGAGUUUUGCGAAUUUCACAUCCAGCUUCAAGUCGAAAAGAGCAAGCGAGGACGCAUGGAAGUCAAUACGAUGACCGGCUUCGGAAAUGGCCCUCGUGGCGGAGGCAAGUUUGGCAUGUUCGGUGGCGGCAGAGGUGGCGGUUCCAAGGGUGAUGAGUUAAAAAGAGAAGGCAAAUUCCAUGACCGAGAGAUACACGAGACUGUCUACAUAGCUCCCAGACCCGGUGGUGCUGCAAAUCUUAUUGAUCAAGAUCAGCAAAGCUGGGAACGCGGAGCGAAUAGAGAGGAGCGAUUUCGCAAACAACUCGCCGAGAAAGAGAAAGAAAAGGAACUUGCGAAAAAGCUCGGGACGAUGGGGGAUGGCAGCACUGGAGGUGACUACAUGAAACUGAAGGGCGCUGGUACUCAAAAUCUACCUGCUCGAGGUUACACUUCUUCGCAGGGUUCCUCUGGUAUGAAGCCAGACAAGCCAACCGACUGUGACUUUACGAGCCUGCUCGGCCGUACAGCAGCCGACGUCUCUCUUGCUCCUGUCAAGCGCAAGCGGACCACAUCCGUCAAAUCUACAACCGCCAGCGAGCCUGUUGGGUGGGGCUUUAAAUAUGGCCGCAUUCCUUCACCUAAGAAAGACAUGACCUCUGCGUUUCUUGGGACUCGUGAGACAAGCCCGGCGAAGAAGAGAGCGCGGCUCCUCUUGCCAGAAAAAGGCAUCCGUGAGCCAGGGAGGGACAGCCUUGGUGGACUGGAUGUUGGGUUGAUUGCGGCCAUGGAUGAGGACGAUGAUGAUCUGGAAGUUGUUUGA